ACUGGCGGAGUGGCGAUUGUAGGGAGGAGGGAGUGAGCGAGGCAGAGCUCAAGCUCGCUGUAUUCAAACUCAAUCCUGUGUCUGCAUUCCUCCUCUCAUCAAAGCCUGCCCGGAGAGAGGGACGGAGGGAACCGUAAAUUACCGCUGCCAUGGUCAGAUAGGAGCCGUGAGGAAGAGCGAUCCGCGGGAGGACGGGCUCGGGUCGGAGGAUAUGAGGAAAGAGCGCUGCGCUACAGCCCGCGAUUGACUGAGGGCAGAGAGAGAAUCGCGAGCAGGCUUCUCCGUUUGGCCGCGGCUCCGUUUCCUUUUUUCUCUUUUAAAGAGGAACGCAAGAUGGCAGAUGACAGGAGCGAAUAACAAGGACAGGACGGCGCCGUUCCCUUUAACAUGUGAAAGAUCGCCCCAGAUCUCCUAAAAGCGAGUCGGAACCGGACAGAUUGCGAUGCACUUUGCUAGUUCUACCCUGAGAGAUCACAUUUGCGGGAUUUUUUGUCGCUUCGCUUGUUACAGAUAAAAGCUCCUGGCUAGCUAAAUAAUUAGCGUAGCUGUCUGAUAUGAAAGUGGGUUAACAACGUUAGCUAGUAACUAACUAUAGCUUUAGCUUUGAGAUCAGCAGCUCUGAUUAGCUGGAGAAGGUAACGUUAACUAGUUAGUUAACCUACCUAACGUUAGGUAGCUUAGCUAUACUGAUCUGAUUACCCAGUUUAGUUACAUUAGCUGGCUAGGUAACGUUAACCUAACUAGCUCUAGAUUUGAUUUAGUGUGAAGCUCUUUUGUGGGGUUGAUUGAUUGGACAAGAAUAGUGGUUUGUGUUUGUGUUUUUUCUUAUAGAUACAUUAGCUAGCUAACUAAUUCAUAACAAAUCAGUGUGUGGCUUUUUUGUUGUUGUUAUGAUGGUGACAUACUGUGUUCGCUAAGCAAGCUAGCUAGUUAGCUAACUAGCUAAAAUAGUUAUCUACCUUUUAUCUAGCUAGAUAUCUUAGCUAGGUUAUAGCGUUAACUAAUUCAAAAUUUCGCAUAAGAUAACUGGAUAGCUUAUCUAACAGUUAGUUAGCAAACUGUUUUACCGAAUUGUCUGUUUCCUACAUUUGGUAGCUAUUUUCAGUAAAAUGAAAGUAAACCCAGUCCCUGAUUUGACUAGCUAACUAGUGUCAACGAUAAAGAAGAGCACGGACUAUUUAUUUGGCUAGCUAGGUUAGAAUAACUAGCUACAUUUUAUGGAUUAGUUUAUGCGUUUGUUUUUUGAACGAAAUCCAGAUAAUUUAAUUUGUUUAGCUACCUUAUUGUGAAAAGGAAUAAAACCGCUCCAGAUCGCACCAUAUAAACUAACUAAACUCCCUCUGAUCUCAAAACAGGCCCUUAAUCGUUGUGGUGUCGAUUUGUGUUACUCUUCCAUACUUAGCGAUUCUGCGCAUGCGCUGAUACAAUUUAAACGUUUUUAAACGGUGUCAUGAUAAUUCUUUGACAUAAUUUUCCUCUGGGUGCGCCACACAGCGUAAAUCUGCUGUUAUUUUGUGUGUGUUACUCAAGGUAUAAACAGCAAUUGAUAUAAUAAAUAAGCAUAUUUAUUUAGCACAUAAAUUGCCUAAUAUAUAUAACCUGAUGCAGUGAUUUUUGUCUAUCCAAAUAUCAUACAUAGACUUCUGGGAGCAUUGCCUGAACGGGUGUUUUUAGCAAUAUCAAAAUAGCGUACCCUCUGUUUUUGCUAUUUGAGUAACUAUAAACACCAUACACAGACAAUAGGGCAGAUAUAACUAGGAGUGCCUUGGAUUACUGUAGAGAAGGGCUGACUGACUGGGUGCACCCUUGGGAAUUCAGAUCACUAAGCUUGGUUAGGUAACUUAUACAUGAAGCACAACUUUAAUAACGUUAGUUAAGCUAGGAGCCAAACUGAAAGCUACAUAGAUAGAUGUCUGGACAGUUUUUUUAAAAGUUGGUGAGCAUUAUUGGUAAAAGGAGCUCAGUUGGCUCAUCUGGCAAACAGGGGUGAUCUAGAUAGUAAAAAGUAGUAAGUGAUUCACUUAAAUGUGGAGUCGGUUCUGUUAAACUACAUAGUGCUGCAGGUUUCAGCAUAGUGAACUUUCCUGUGUGAGGCUGUGAAAGCAGUAGGCCGUGUGACUGACUUCCCGUUGUACUUUUUUUUAGCUGUUUAGCUACCCAACAACUGAAGGAGAAACAGAAACAUCUGACUGCAUGGGCUUUUUCACAUGAGUCGUUUCAUAGGAACUCUCCAGUAAAUAAAGAGAGGAAAGUUCCAGGUCUGUAGUUCACUCUCUAUUCACAUGAGCACUCUACUUAAAUAGAGCUUGAGAGGUGAAGGGGGGAGGAAGAAACGCACUAAGCCGAAAUGGCAGACAACUGGAAGAACUGCCUGGAGGAAGAGCUCAUCUGUCCGAUUUGUUUGCAUGUGUUCUCCGAGCCGGUUCAGCUGCCGUGCAAGCACAACUUCUGCCGCGUGUGUAUCAACGAGGCCUGGGCUAAGGAGGGGGGGAUGGUGCGCUGCCCGGAGUGCAACCACGCGUACAGCCAAAAGCCCAGCCUGGAGAAGAACCACAAGCUGUCCAACAUCGUGGAGAAGUUUAACGCGCUGAACGUGGAGAAGACCCCGGCGGUGCUGCAGUGCGUGCUGUGCCGCCGAGGUCCUGCGCUUCCUGCCCAGAAGGUGUGCCUCAGGUGCAAGGCGCCGUGCUGUCAGUCCCACGUACAGACACACCUCCAGCAGCCCUCCUCCAACGGCGGCCACCUGCUGGUAGACGCGGCGGAUGUGCGGGCCUGGAGCUGCCCGCAGCACGACGACUACCGGCUGUACCACUGCGACACCGAGCAGGUGGCCGUGUGCCAGUACUGCUGCUUCUCCAGGUGCGCGGCCAGCCACGGCCAUGCAGUCUGCGAUGUGGAAGUCCGACGCAACGACAUCCGGCAAAUGUUGAUGAAGCAACAGGACCGGAUUGAGGAUCGGGUUCAGGACAUAGAAGAGCAGAUCUACAAACUAGAGUCAGACAAGUGUCUUGUAGAGGACAAAGUGCAGCGUCUGAAAGAAGAGGUACAGCUGCAGUAUCAGAAGAUGCAGCAGCUCCUGGAGGAGGACCUGGGGAAGACCCUGGAGGUGCUGGACCAGGCCCACUCUAAAUUCUGUCAAGAAAACUCCUCACAGGCAUUGCAGCUAAACCAGAAACGGCAAGAGGCCAAGAAACUACUCAGCUCUAUACAGAUGGUCUUCGAUAAGGCAGAGGAUAUCAAAUUCAUGAGGAAUACAAAACCUGUGAAAAUAUUAAUGGACAGGUCUCAGUCUUGUUUUGGCAAUACUUUACAACCUUACAAAGUGGGCAGCCUCAAUUCUAAACUGUUUCUCUCAGAAGUCUCAAAGAGAGAGAAGAACCUUUGCAAAAUGCUUGAAGCUCCUUUUAGUGCCCCAGCAAACUUUUUCCAGACUAUUCCAGCAUAUCUGUGCUCGGAGAAGCGCCGGCACUCCAUGGCUUUCCCUGACGGCAGCGGAAGCAGCAGGGCAGGCUCUAGCUUCAUGGAGUCUUCCUCCUCUUCGGGCCCUGCUGCUAAGCAACCGUGCCUGGGUCUGGCUCCAGGCGCUGCCCCCGGCGAGGGUCAGUCCUCACAGCAGGCUCUGGGGGCUUGCCCAUCAGCCCAGCAUGUGGGAAGCAGCAGUGCUGCUACUGGGUCCCAGUCAAUCCACCACUCUAGCUCCGUGUUUCCUCACUCUCAUUAUCCCAACAGCAGCAGCUCUCAGCUGCCUCAGUACGGAGGACGGAAGAUUCUAAUGUGUACGGUCGAUAACUGCUACUGCUCAGGGGUGCCUUCAGUGUCGAACCACAGGGGGCACCCACCCUACCCUCGAUCAGGAUCCUUUCCCUGGCCGGUGAGCUCGCAGGAAUACUCUCACCCGCCCCUCUCCUCCACCCCGGCCAUGUCUCAGUCUCUCCAGAGCCUGUCCAUGCGCGACUGGAUCGACGCCUCGCAGUCACACAGGCACCCUGACUUCUACGGCCUCUACGGGCCGUCUUCCGCCAAACAUUACGUCACCAGUUAACCCAUGCUCGGUGACUGCUCUCAGUCACAAGACGGGAUAUGUUGGGUUCUUUCUUUCUUUUUUUGUCUUUUCUCCGUCGGGGAAUGUCUUAAACAGAGUGAAUGAGGAUUUUUGAACAUAAAUAAAUCGGAUCAAUCAUUUAACGUUACUUAGGUAAACAGUAUCAUUCUUAAAGCAGUGGAAAAAAAACGUAAAUGUUACAAAUUGAAGCGUAACUUUGCACAGUAUCUAGAAGCUAAUAAUGUUCCAUCAACUUCUACAGCAACAGAAAAAUGCUGAAAAAACCUUUGCAGUACUCACAGAGACAAAAAAAAAAACAACGUUAUGGUCAUUGGUUACUCAUCAGUGUCAAUGCACUUUCUUUGUGAAUUCCAGACCAGUUUGAAGUCCAGUUUGGGGACAAAAAAUGGUAGUUUAUUGUCUUCAACUCAACAGUCAGCUCUUACUGAAAUAACCUGUCAAUACAUACAAACACAUAUACACAUCCAUUCUCAAUAUUCACAUAAAUAUAUCCCUCUAUAUUUUAUUCGACUUAUUUUGCUUUUUAUUUACGAAAAUAACAUAAAACAUAUUUUUAUGUUUUCUGGAUAUAUUUCUGCAUUAUUAAGGCAGAUGUUGGACUACACUCUGAUUUUUCACAAGAGAAAGCUAUACUUAUUUGCUAUGGGGAAAACAGUUCUGGUUUAUUGUAUUUGUUAUAGGUAAUUUUGUAGUUUCUGAUGGACAAGAAAGGAAAUUUUGACGAUGCAAUAUUCUUUUCAUUACUAGCAUUGUUCAUUUGUGUGUACUUCCCUAUCGAGAGUCAGCUCUCCGUGGAAUGCCCUCCCUAGGGCAGCUGUAAAUUCCAGGCCUUGACCAGCUCAGCUGUCCUGCACGGUUCCACCCUAACAGCCCGGCCUCACCCCAGCCACAAAAAGUGCUUCUUUACUCCCUUAUGUGAAACUUAAAAAUGGAUUUGGUUUCACAUUUAUUAAUACACACAUCAUUAUGUGUUGUUUUAGACAGAAUUGAUGUUUUAAACACCUUCUGGAUUUAAUCUGAUCAAAAUGUAGAAUGUGUUACAUUCCUCACAGAAGAUUAUUAUUAUUAUUUUAAUGCAGCAGUUGCUUUUUCAGAAUCAUGUUGUUUUUAGCACCAAGCAAAUCCGUAUCUUGCUCCCUGUGUGUUAUUGAUUGCAUGUGGGAACAUGUUUUUGAGCACUUGUAGUAAAAAUAAUGAAACUGCAAGAAAUAUAAAACAACUUAUGAAACAGGGAAUGAUUUUUUUUAACGAACAUCUUCAGUAAUGGCAAGCACUGAACCAAGGAGUUUCUAGAGGUGAAACUGAGGAACUGAUUAUAAUAUUAUUUCCCCCUUUCAUUCUGUUUUUGUAAAUAUUUUGUGAAACUAAAACAGGAGAGUUGUAAUUUGGAAAGAUCUUUGUUCCAAAUAAAUAAUGAUUUCAAACAA